UAUAUGUGGUGUCAUCGAGCUUGCAAAGUUGGAACUAACGCUGUAGUUGUUAGCAGACCAAUUAAAUCUACUUGUGCAAUGCGGGGAAGUGAACCUGAAAAAAGUGGAAUUCAUCGAAGACGAACUUCUUCUCAAUCAACAACUUCGUCAGCAGGUGGUGGUAGUGGUAGAUUAACUUCCCCAGAUUCUCCGUCGGAUAAACGAGCGGUGGCAGCAGCCUUUUGUGCAAGUUCUGCCGAACAAUUACAUCAACAAGUACAACGGAAACGAGGCAAUUCCCAACGAGAUAAAAAACCUAUUUUGUUGACAUCAAGAUCCCUGGAUGACCAGGAACAUAGACAAGCAAACGGAAUUCCGCCUUCCUCUUCUUUUGCCGAUCUUCAAGAUAAUGCAACCCCGCAAACGUCAAACGCUCAUAAUCCUCGUUACUUAAAUACACCGUCAACUAGAGGUUAUAACGAAUUACAGAGAGCAUGCUCAAUUCCUACAAUAAUUGUGGGGGAAAUUCCAAAAUUGAUAGUUACGUCUACUACAGAACCUUCAACUUGUAGUCAAAGAAUUCCUACACCAAAUCAACGCAGCGUCAAGUCUGACAUUUGUCUCAACAAAUCUUCAAGUCAUCCAAAGAAGAUGGAAAUUGAUGAAAAUGAAAAAAAUAAUUCUGCUUUAGACUCUUCUGAUAACAGCUCAAAACAAGAAAUUUCUGAGCAUGAGAUGGCUGUCCGAAAUUAUUAUAUUUCUCUUGUAAAAGAUGAACACAAUAGACUUUGCAUUGUAGAGCCUUCUGAAAAUCUUGGGAAUAUGACUAGUAGACUUGAAGAAUUUCUUAGUAACUGCAUCCCUUAUCUCACAAAACAAGAACGUUUAGACAUUGUUGAAGAAUUUUUGGCCAACAAUGAUGAAAGCAAAAAAGAAGAAUCUAGCUCAAACCAAUCCAAAGGAUCAAUCCGUGACCUUCAAAAUCGUUCGAGAGCUUUGUCUGGAGAUAAUCCAUCCCCUUCGUCCAAAAAUGUAAAUUCUUCCGCGCAUUGUUCCACCUCUUUUGGACCUUUUUAUGGCCGACAAAUGUGUGUAUAUGUGUUGAGACUUCAAAAUAUUUUAACUGAACAAAAAGCCAGAUGGGAGCAACUGCCUAUUGAAGUGAACGCUCCAGAAGAUAGAUUACUUCAUUCAUUAAUAUCCGGCCGUGGUGAACUUAUUCUUUUCGGUGGAAUGAACAGUGAUGGAAUUGGAAUGGACUGUUUAAAUGUUGGAAUGGAGCGAUACACGAUGAGUGCAGAAACUUAUAUCUUAAGGCCGAGAUAUAACGAAAUGUAGAAUUUUUGAG